CUGGAGUGCUUGGUGAGUCAGGACGUGCGCCUCCUCACGCUGGCCGGCCACGUGGGCUUGGACAGCCUGCCCCAGCAGCUGGUCAACAAGUCGCUGGCCAGGGACUUCUGCUUCAACAUCCUGUGCGUGGGGGAGACGGGCAUCGGCAAGUCCACGCUCAUGAACACGCUCUUCAACACGGUCCUGGAGACGGGCGAGGGCAGCCACUUCGAGAGCUGCGUGCGCCUGCGGCCGCGCACCUACUGCCUGCAGGAGUGCAACGUGCAUCUGCGGCUGACCGUGGUGGAGGCGGGCUUCGGCGACCAGAUGGACAAGGACUGCAGGCCCAUCGUGGACUACGUGGACGAGCAGUUGGAGCGCUACCUGCAGGAGGAGCUGAAGCUCCAGCGCUGCCUCCGUGACUAUCGCGACACGCGCGUCCACGUCUGCCUCUACUUCAUCGCGCCCACCGGCCAUUCGCUCAAGGCCGUGGACCUGGUGACCAUGAAGCAGCUGGACAGCAAGGUGAACAUCAUCCCCAUCAUCGCCAAGGCCGACACCCUCACCAAGAGCGAGCUGCCCGAGUUCAAGGGCAGGAUCCUGAGCGAGCUGGAACAGAACGGCGUGCGCAUCUACCAGUUCCCCACGGACGACGAAGCCGUGGCCGAGGUGAACGCCUGCAUGAACGCCCAGCUGCCCUUCGCCGUGGUGGGCAGCACGGAGUGCGUGCAGGUGGGCGGCCAGCUGCUCCGCGGCCGCCAGUACCCCUGGGGUGUGGUGCAGGUGGACAACGAGAGCCACUGCGACUUCGUGAAGCUGCGGGAGAUGCUGAUCUGCGUGAACAUGGAGGACCUGCGGGAGCAGACUCACUGCAGGCACUACGAGCUGUACCGGCGCCAGAAGCUGCUGGACAUGGGCUGGCAGGACGACUCGUGGCAGGAGGCGCACAGGAAGGAGCUGCAGGCCGAGAUGCGCAGGAACGAGAAGCUCAUGCGGCAGGUGUUCGCCCGCAGGGCGCGCGAGGUGGAGAUGCAGGUGAAGGAGAAGGAGAGAGAGCUGAGUGAGAGGUUCGAGGACUUGAAGAGGAUCCUUCAGGAGGAGAAGGCCAAGGUGGAGGAGAAGCGCCGGCAGCUGGAGGAGGACAAGAACGCCUUCAACCAUAGGAGGGCGGCCGUGGAAGCCAUGCAGGCCGAAGCCAUGCAGGCCCAAGGCUUGCAGGCCGACUGCCUGCAGAUGACACCGAAAAGGGAAAGGGAUAAGGACAGUGACAAGAAACAUUGA